GGCGAAUGCACGAACAAUAAUAAUCAUUUUCUUUCAACAUCGCAGCGCCAUUUUCGGGAUAGACAGCCCGCAGAAGAUCGGUCCGAAAAUCUGCAGCUUUUUCGCCGUGACGCACGGUGACCAAGCUGCUCGGCACUCGCCAAUCGUCCUCCGAGUUCUCCACUUCGCAUCCCCCUGCACAGCACCGAGCGCAUUAGCCGAAUCACGCUGUUUUCUCCCUACGAGUGUUUGACCAUGGCCUGCUGAAAACAUGUCUGUCCCGAAAUCGAGCACUCGUUCUCCACGCGGAGGGGUCUUCUCCAGCACUCGCAGCACCGUCGUGCAUGUCAACAGACUCGACAAUGGAACUCAAGCCGGCAUCUGCACCCCGUGCCAGCCAGUUCGCAGGGCGGCAGGCCGCCGCUAACUCAAAAAACAAGCAGCCUCAAGAUGCAGUCACUGCUAGCAAGGGCCAGCAGCGAGGGGGGCGCGGCCGGCGCGAGGGCAGUGUCCCGCAGCUGCUGCAGCAGCAACCGCAAGCUGCCGCCAAACGGGGCAAGGCUCACGACAAGAGACCAAGACCCCGCGGCCAGUAUCAUGAGGGUGGAAAGGAGGAUUCCCAGGUAGGGGACCACGCGGCUGAGUAUGAGUCGGUCCUGUCCGGAAGGAAGAAGGUCAACCUGAAUCACCUUCUCAAUUUCCACUAUGGCCCCAAGGUGGGCACGGCGGGGGCUGGCAGUCCCCCGGGCUAUAAGAACUGGCAGCACGCCCCGCAGCGCCACAGAUUCAACAAGGAGCAAUUCUUGCAAGCAAACUGCCAGUUUGUAGUCAAGUCUGGUGCUGACUACUCAAGGUACUUGAACGACCCAGACACCUUGGUACAGUGGGAUGCAAUCGAACAGAUUCGGAUUCACAGCUCAGAAAAGCUCUCCUGUCCAAUCUGCCUGUACCAGCCGAAAGCCGCGCGCAUCACCAAGUGCGGCCACAUCUUCUGCUGGCCCUGCGUCCUCCAUUACUUGGCCCUGGGAGAAAAGUCUUGGCGCAAGUGCCCCAUUUGUUACGAAUCCAUUUACAAAGAUGACCUGAAAAGUGUCAUUGCUCUUCAUCAUGAAGACUUAAAGGUGGGAGACAUUGUCACUUUGAAACUGAUGAAGCGAGAGAAAGGAUCGUUGAUUGUCAAGCCAGUUGAGAACAAAGUCCAGUCAGGUGAAGAGCCAGUAGAUCCGCAGCAGUGCAAAUUGGUGAAGGCAUCUCCUUUGGAAAUCCUCGCCAUUCUGCAGCAAGAGACAGACGAGUUGAAGGAACGCCUGCUGGAAGAGCAGGGUGACCCUGAGAUUUGCUUCACAGAGCAAGCAUUUGAUUUGCUCGAGCAGCGCAAGACCUUUGUAUCCUCUAAUGUUUCAUUAAAUGAGGAGGAGGCUGUUGCCGCGGAUGCUGAAAACUGUAACUAUCUAGAUGAAAGUGCCAAGGUACCAAAAAAUGAAAGUUUAGCAGAGGAGACAAAGAAGACAUUCUACUUCUAUCAAGCUGAUGAUGGACAGCAUGUUUACCUGCACGCGCUGAACGUACACAUGAUUGAACACACGCAUGGUGAGCUGGAGCAUUGCCCAACCACGAUCAGGGGCCGCAUUGUGGAGAAAGAAGCCGUCUCGAUGAGCGCCGAGCUGCGGCAGCGGCUGCGCUGUCUGCAGCACCUGCCACUCACCUGCCAGUUUGAGGUGGUUGAGCUGGAAUUGCGGCCGCCGGCCGUCUCCAGGCCGACGCUGCACCACUAUCGCGAGCAAUUGGAAGCACGUCGCAAGCAGCGUCAGCGCAGAGCUCGUGAAGAGAUCAAGCUAGCCAAGCGAAUUUCAGAAGAGGAGAACCGCCUCCUCGGCAAGUUCCCACUGCCCAGCGCCUCCAUCGAGUCCUACCAGCACUUCCCUGAGUGCGGCGGAGGCGUCAGCUACACGGCAGCGGCCGCUGAGCAGCCGCUUGAAGAGAUCAUGCAGGAACUAACUGUUGACCCUAGCAACAGCUACACAGGCCCUUCUUUUUCUAGGAUGCUGCAGGAGGGCAAAGGUCAUGGACCACCCGCACGGGCUCCAAAAAUGUCGACAUCCUGUUCUGCUCCAAACUUCCCAACUCUAGCAGCCCCAACGGAGGAAGACGCUGAAGCAUGUCUGCCCGCCCCUUCUUUCUCAAAGAGUUUUGGAGACGCCUUCGCCAUGGCGUUGAUGAAAGCUGAAAACUCGAAUGGAGAUGGUCCUGAAGAUGAGGGCCAGGGUCGGAAGAAGAAAAAGAACAAGAAGAAACUACUGUUUUCAACCAGCAUGGCUUGCAACUCCAAGUGAUUUUAAUUUAGUUUCCCUUUUUGUAGCGUAGGAUUGUUUCUAUACAUUUUUCAAUACAUUUAAGUUGGGGCAAAUACGUUCAUAUUAUCCAGUUACUGACCAUAAAUAUAGCACCAACGUGCUUUAUUGGGAUUACUUUUUACCUUGAAAAUUCAAGAUUAUGUUGAUUUUCUAGUACUGCUGUGAAAAUUUAUGAAGUUCAAAUAAAAUUGGCUUGAGAAAUUA